AUGCGGCUGAUCAACUGCAAUACGAGAACAUUGGAGGAACAUGUUGGAGAGACGAUACCCAGUUACGCGAUCCUGUCCCACACCUGGGGUGCAGAUGAGGUUUCCUACCAUGACCUAAUAAUACGAGAGCCUCGCGAGUACACCAAGAAAGACAGCUGGUGGAAACUCGAACGAUCAUGUCAACAAGCUCUGAAGGACGGCUGGAAGUACCUUUGGGCCGACACCGUCUGCAUAGACAAGUCGUCUUCCGCAGAGCUCUCUGAGGCCAUCAAUUCCAUGUUCAAGUGGUACCGAAACGCGGAGGUCUGCUACGCAUCUCUCUCGGAUCUUGAUGAUCCGGAGGGCAAUGCAGAAGGAUUAGAAAAUUGUCGGUGGUUCACACGCGGCUGGACGCUCCAAGAAAUGAUCGCCGCCCAGGACGUCCAAUUCUACGAUAAAAACUGGAUUAACCAAGGCUCCAAGGCGACUCUUCUCCACAGGAUCUACUCUAUCACCGGAGUUGACACGAAGGCUCUUCGUGGCGGAAAUUUGCGAUUCUUCAGCGUGGCGCGCAAGAUGUCGUGGGCCUCGAACCGAAAGACGACUCGCAAGGAGGACAUGGCAUACUGUCUGCUGGGAAUUUUCGAUAUAUCAAUGCCCCUACUGUACGGAGAGGGCUCAAAGGCUUUUGUUCGCCUGCAAGAAGAGAUCAUCAAAUCCUAUGAUGACGAGUCCCUGUUCGCAUGGACAAGCACAACCAUCUGCGAGACUUCUGGCCUGCUAGCGCCGUCACCAGACGCCUUCGCCUCAUCCAGCAAUGUUGCACCCUGCCUGACCCCAGAUGGCGCUCAUGGUAUGAGCGGUCCUAUUACUAUUACGAGCCGUGGGGUGCGACUGAAGGUUCCCAUCGAGGAAUACACCUGCUUAGCGGGACGAAGCUUGUAUCUCUUCCGGCUGAACUGCAAGAGGGUCAGCUUUGAUAGAGAGAGUGGCAUACGGAUGGGGAUUAUUGUAUCUCCUGUGUCAAAAAUACAAGGGUACGACUCGGAUAUCGCAAGGUAUACACGUGUGUACCCAGACCGCCUCGAAAGCUUUCAGCCGAAGCCGGACGUCAGCCCCCGCAGAAUCUACCUACUCAAGGAGAACAGACUGCAGGAUUUCGACCUCGGCUCAUAUGAUGUGUUUCUGAUCCGCACGAUGCCCGAAUGGCCCUCAGGAUGCGAAUUCGAGCUAUUGAGUGCCCUCCCGUCGGACUGUUGGGACAGCCGCAACGAGACCUUCAGAAGACGAACUACCGAGCCUGUUGCAGAGAAACCACCUUUUGUCCUGAUAUUUUGUAGGAAGAACCCGGUCACUGGUUUAGCAGGCUAUUUCAUCGUGGCAAUGGGCAGGACCAUCAACGCUUCGCAUGUGCAGAACGGCUUUGAUGGGGGCUCUUUUUGGUGCAAUGCCCGCUACUGCCAAACUGACGGUGAAUUGGACGUCAAUAGUGAGAUGAAGAUCCUGAACGAAGAUCAAAGUCAGAAGACGGUCCUCGCUGAGGGUGCUGGGGUCACUUUGAAGUGUCUGGUGAGGCCGGAGGUUAUGUCAGAGCAGCAGCUUUUUUUUGUAGACUUAUUGGUUAAGGCAUCGAUGUAUAGUCAGAUGAUAUGA